AUGUCUCUUGCUUCUUCAAAUAUUAUAUUUACUUCUUCAGAUAGUGUACCUGCUUUUUUCUCAGAUAUUGCAUCUACAUCAUUUCUAGAUAUUGCAUCUUAUACUUCUCUGGGUAUUACAUUUACAGUAUCUUUACCUCCU